AUGAAUUUUGAAACUUCACGGUGUGCCACCCUACAGUACUGUCCCGACCCUUACAUCCAGCGGUUCGUAGAAACCCCAGCCCAUUUCUCUUGGAAAGAAAGUUAUUACCGAUCCACUAUGUCCCAGAGCACACAGACAAGUGAAUUCCUCAGUCCAGAGGUUUUCCAGCACAUCUGGGAUUUUCUGGAACAGCCCAUCUGUUCAGUUCAGCCCAUUGACUUGAACUUUGUGGAUGAACCAUCAGAAAAUGGUGCAACAAACAAGAUCGAGAUUAGCAUGGACUGUAUUCGCAUGCAGGACUCAGACCUCAGUGACCCCAUGUGGCCACAGUACACGAACCUGGGGCUCCUGAACAGCAUGGACCAGCAGAUCCAGAACGGCUCCUCGUCCACCAGUCCCUACAACACAGACCACGCCCAAAACAGCGUCACGGCGCCCUCGCCCUACGCACAGCCCAGCUCCACCUUCGACGCCCUCUCGCCUUCGCCCGCCAUCCCCUCCAACACUGACUACCCGGGCCCACACAGCUUUGACGUGUCCUUCCAGCAGUCCAGCACCGCCAAGUCCGCCACCUGGACGUAUUCCACUGAACUGAAGAAACUGUACUGCCAGAUUGCAAAGACAUGCCCCAUCCAGAUCAAGGUGAUGACCCCACCUCCUCAGGGCGCUGUCAUCCGUGCCAUGCCUGUCUACAAGAAGGCCGAGCAUGUCACUGAAGUGGUGAAAAGGUGCCCCAACCAUGAGCUGAGCCGUGAAUUCAACGAGGGACAGAUCGCCCCCCCUAGUCAUUUGAUUCGAGUAGAAGGGAACAGCCAUGCCCAGUACGUAGAAGACCCCAUCACAGGAAGACAGAGUGUACUUGUACCUUAUGAGCCACCUCAGGUUGGCACUGAAUUCACGACAGUCUUGUACAAUUUCAUGUGUAACAGCAGUUGUGUCGGGGGGAUGAACCGCCGUCCAAUUUUAAUCAUCGUUACUCUGGAAACCAGAGAUGGGCAAGUCCUGGGCCGCCGCUGUUUUGAGGCCCGGAUCUGUGCUUGCCCAGGGAGAGAUAGGAAGGCAGAUGAAGACAGUAUCAGAAAGCAGCAAGUCUCGGACAGCACAAAGAACGGUGAUGGUACGAAGCGCCCUUUCCGUCAAAAUACACAUGGCAUCCAGAUGACGUCCAUCAAGAAACGAAGAUCCCCAGAUGAUGAACUGCUGUACUUACCAGUGAGGGGCCGUGAGACUUACGAAAUGCUGCUGAAGAUCAAAGAAUCCCUGGAACUCAUGCAGUACCUUCCUCAGCACACGAUUGAAACAUACAGGCAGCAGCAGCAACAGCAACACCAGCAUUUACUUCAGAAACAGACCUCGAUGCAGUCUCAGUCUUCCUACGGUAACAGCUCCCCACCUCUGAACAAAAUGAACAGCAUGAACAAGCUGCCUUCCGUGAGCCAGCUUAUCAACCCUCAGCAGCGCAACACCCUCACUCCCACCACCAUUCCCGAUGGCAUGGGAGCCAACAUUCCUAUGAUGGGCACCCACAUGCCAAUGGCUGGAGACAUGAAUGGACUCAGCCCCACCCAGGCCCUCCCUCCCCCUCUCUCCAUGCCAUCCACCUCCCACUGCACCCCCCCACCUCCGUACCCCACAGAUUGCAGCCUUGUCAGUUUCUUAGCGAGGUUGGGCUGUUCAUCAUGUCUGGACUAUUUCACGACCCAGGGGCUGACCACCAUCUAUCAGAUUGAGCAUUACUCCAUGGAUGAUUUGGCAAGUCUAAAAAUCCCUGAGCAAUUCCGACAUGCCAUCUGGAAAGGCAUCCUGGACCACCGGCAGCUCCACGACUUCUCGUCCCCUCCCCACCUCCUGCGGACCCCAAGUGGUGCCUCCACAGUCAGUGUGGGCUCCAGUGAGACCCGGGGCGAGCGUGUAAUUGACGCUGUGCGCUUCACCCUCCGUCAGACCAUCUCCUUCCCACCCCGCGAUGAGUGGAAUGACUUCAACUUUGACAUGGAUGCUCGUCGCAACAAGCAACAGCGCAUCAAAGAGGAGGGGGAGUGAGAUGAGCGUUGCAGUUCGAGCUCUUUCCGUCUUCCUACCCACUAACCCCACUACAAGGCACCACUGUACCAAGCAUUCUUCCUAGCUCCUCUCCUUCCUCUUUUCAGUCCGGUUUCUUAAGGGAAGGAGAAGGAAGAGGCUACUUUUUACCUAAUGUACAACCUGGCAUCUGAUUCUGAUUCUGGCUUUAAGCCUUCAGAUCUCUUGCUUGCAGGACUGAAAUUGUCAUGGCUAGGUAGAAGUGAGCAAAAAAGCAGUGGGUGUCUCCUUAAGCUGCAGAGGUCUCUCCUUGACUUUUAUAAAGCAUUUUCACCCUUAUAGUCUAAGACUAUAUAUAUAAAUAUAUAAAUAUACAGUAUAUAUUUUUGGGUGGGGGGCAUUGAGUAUUGUUUAAAAUGUAAUUUAAAGGAAAAAAAUUGAGUUGCACUUAUUGCCUUUUCUCUUACUUUUUGGAUGGCUUAUCUAUACCCCGUCUCUCAAGGCCAGCCACGUAUGGUAAUAGGUAUCUAGAUCUUGAUAGGACAUGUGAGUGACAGUGACAUGUAGGUGCCUUCAGUUCUUUUGAUGCUAAACACAUGCCACAUCAAACCUUUGGUUAGAUCUGCUUGUUAUUACAUGGGUGAGACUGUAUACAUAUGUACACGAUUCUCUAUGUUGGUAUAUUUUAUGUUACUGAUAUCCCUGCUACUGAUAGUGGUUGCCUUUGGGGUGAUUUAGUUCAAGUACAAGAAAAAGUUCAUGUUCACGCUAUCACUCACCAUAGGAAAGGAAAUAUUCUGUCUUGCUUUGGGUUGGGAUUGGGGAAUGUGAGUCAUGGCUAAAAUUCUUAAAAAGUCAUGGAAGCCAGUUAAAUAACACCUGGUAUCACAUGUCUGGGUAUUUCAGCAAUCUCCUUAAAUUUAAUGCCAGACACCUUAACUCUCAGUAUUUAUUGGCAAAGCAUUAGCUGCCAGUACAAACGCCUGUAAACCAAAUUUCACUACUAGAUUGAUUAACUCAAUUACACAUUUGUUACCCUUGUUAGAAUUGAGGUUGAUUUGAUUGGGAU